AUGUACAUGACAAAAUUUCACAGGUGAUAUUAAGUUUGAACCAUUUAACAUAUACUCCAGUCGUAUACGUAUAUAUGCACGUACAUUAUUGCGAAAAUGAGAUUUAUUUUACCGCAAUAUAUAUGUAGCUUCGUUUAACGGCAUACCUACGUUCUUUUCAGUUUAAAAUCAUCCUGACAAUAAAGAAAUCGUAAUGUUACAUUUUAUGAUUGAAUAAGGUAGUUAAUACUAGGAAAAUAAAUAUAAAUAUUUACGAGGCCCACUCGUCUUCAAAAUCAGUGCGCAAGCGCAUUCUAAUCAAUGUAUAUGCCUAUAUUCAGAUUACACAUAUUUUAACGAAGAGGUUAAAUAUCUGUAAAUAUAAAUGAUAAGAAUGUAACGAGCAAUUCGUCUCGUUUAGAAAAUUCAGUUUUCAUUCAAAGAAUGGUAUAUACAUAUUUUGGUAAUAAACAAAACAAUAAAUAAUGGUUUUACCAUUAGUAUGUGUUCUAGUAUUUCCGGUAGCAAUUGUCUCUAUUAUCAGAGCUGUCUACUUAAUUCUUUUAAAACAUGGUAAACCUCCAAAAAGGUAUGCCAGAAAAAUUCCAGCUACAACUUUGAUUGUACUUGGUUCUGGAGGUCACACAACAGAAAUUUUACGUAUUCUUCGACAUCUAAAUAAACAGAAUUAUACUCCAAGAAUUUAUGUAAAAGCUGAAACCGACACAAUUAGCCCUUACAAAGUUAAAAAAGCAGAAGUAAAUCGUAAAGAUUACAGAAUAAUUCAAAUUUCAAGAAGUCGUGAAGUUAGACAAUCGUACUUUACAUCAGUUUGGACUACUGUACGUGCUCUUAUGGACUCGUUUCCUCUAGUUUGGAGGGAAAAGCCAGAUUUGCUGUUGUGCAAUGGACCUGGAACGUGUAUCCCAUUGUGCCUGGUAACAUUCUUCUAUAACAGCUUGUUUCUCUUAAGUACAAAAAUUGUAUUCGUUGAAAGUUUUUGCAGAGUAAAGAGUUUUUCUCUCUCUGGUCGAAUUCUGUAUUAUAUAGCUAAUCACACCAUUGUUCAGUGGCCAAAUUUGAAUGGAUUUAAGUAUUCUCGAAGCAUCUUUGUUAAAUAA